AUACAACCUCCACCACCUCAUCACAUUUGCUAUCUUGCGCCUCUAACCUAUCCCCCCAACCCCUACCAUUCACACCACCCUUUAUGUCUCAACAUCAAUCAUACAACAACCUCAACCAACCCCACCACCUAUGCUAUCUUGCACCUCUCUAGCACUACUCACCCAUUCCCCACCCACCAUCACCACUCACCACCCUAUUUUCCUCUACUUUUAUAUUUCACUCAACAUCAUCAAUACAAUAACAAUCUCCACCACCCCACCACCUUUGCUAUCUUGCACCACUCUAGUACUACCCAUUCCUCCACCCUUUUAUUUAAAAGCCACUCAAUUUGCUAUAAACAAAACCACACACACUCCAUUUAACGAUGUCGUCUAACGUUGAUUCUACCGUCGUAGUAGCAGAAGAUGCCGUCCCGGAGGAAAAGCCACCGCCGCCGGCGAGGAGAUUUCCACCGCCGUGUUGGACCCAAGAAGAGACUUUAGCUCUUAUUGAAGCCUACCGUGAACGAUGGUACGCGCUCCGCCGUGGGUACCUACGGACGGCUGACUGGGAUGCGGUGGCAGCUACCGUGACCAGCCGCUGCCCAGAUGCUUCUCCGGCGAAAACAUCAGCUCAGUGCCGACACAAAAUGGAAAAACUCCGGCAACGCUACCGUGCUGAGAAGCAGAGAUCCCUUUCCUGCCCGACCGGUAGGUUUUUCUCAUCUUGGUUCUUCUUUGAUAACAUGGACGCCAUGGAAAAUGGUACUACUGUUGCAGCAAUCAGAUCUAAUAAUCAACAAAUCGCCGAGAAACAACAAACGGUUACUGCUGUUUCUGGUGAUGGUUAUGCUUUAAAAACAAUGAUUGAUCAGAAUUUAUUGAAAUUGAAGAUCAAUCAAAAGAAUGGUAUAGCUUCACCCCCAAAUUUCAUGUUUAAUCAUGCUUUAGCUGCGACAAAAUCCGAAAAGAUUAACUUUGCUACUAGGAUUCCAAAUGGGUAUUGUUCAUACAUGGAUAUGGGACCUAGCAAACAAGAACAUCCACAUGAUCUUGAGUUUUCAAGUGGGUAUAGGAUGAAAAAUGGAAUUUCAAUGAAAGCAAAGCGAACAGGGAGGAUUAUUGGAGAUGUAAAUGGAUUUGAUCAAGGAGGAAUUAAAGGUGGGGGGAAUUUUGUAAUGAAUCCUAGUUUUGAUUGUGAUGAAGGAAGUGAAUAUAAUGGAAGUAAUGCUAAUGAUGGUUUCCAUAUUAGGAAUAUGGGUGUUUCCAGCUCAAGAAGAAGUUAUAAUAGUGGGAAUGUUGAACAACAACCCAAUCUUGAUUCUAGGUUUAGUCCUGGUUUGUCGAAAUUUGGGAAGAAGGGAGGAGGUGGUGUAGGGAUGAAGAGGGGGAGAGAUCCGGUGGAAGAGAUGGUUUUAUCGAUUAAGUUAUUAGGCGAAGGGUUCAUGAAAAUGGAGAAAAUGAAGAUGGAAAUGGCAAAGGAAGUGGAGCAAAUGAGAAUGGAGAUGGAGAUGAAACGUAACGAGAUGAUACUCGAAUCACAGAAGCAGAUUGUGGAAGCAUUCGUGAAGGUCUUAGGUGAGGUUCACAAGAACAAGAAUGCGAAGACUGUUUCACCUGAAUCAUAGCUCUCUCUAAGGCCUUGUGUUGAGUUCCAUUGUUUUUGGAGUGACAACACGACGACAAUUCAAUCCCAAACAAGUUGGAGUACGCUCGUUUCGAUGAUUCUUGAUUUGUAUGGUCUGUGCUUUACAUUUGCUGUCUAUUUCUGACUUGUGUGAUCAUCAUAGUUGAUCAAAGUUUUAGUCUUUUAGAUCUGUUUGCAUUUUCCAGGCAAUCUGUAGCAUAUAGUAAUGUGUACAGCUACUAGUUUUAGUAGUAGUAGUUGUUAUUUAUAUAGUAUUGUGUUGUAGUAGGAUUAUGAGAAGUGAUGAGGGAUUUAUCUUGAUCUGAUUCUUAAAGAAUGUUACAACUCUUUUGCCUUUUAUCAAUUGGUUGACUA